CAGGAGGUGCGGGAUCGGCUGGAGAAGGCCGGUGUGGACCCGCGGGAGGGGCUGCUGGCGGCGACCUUCCACUCCUGGUGCUACAGCCUGCUGCGGCAGUACUACAGGACGGCUGGCUUCGCGCAGUGCCCCACCGUGUGGACGGAUUCCGACCUCAAACGGGCCGUCACGCUGGCUAUCAGGCUGUCGAACAUGGAGCGAGGCAAGGCUGACCUGGCCAGGUGGCUGGGGCUGCAGGAGUCGAGCGUGGGGUGGCCGGCCAUUGGGGAGGCGGCGCAGAGGAGGCACCCGGACAUCGUGGCGCGGUGCGCGGCAAAGGCGUUGGAGCUGGAGGGGAAGCAGCAGAGGAAGCGGCGGAAGGGCAAAAAGGAUGGCGAUGCGGCGGGGGGCGGCCAGCAAGCGGCUGCCGAGCAAGCAAAGGGCAACGGAGGCCCCAAACGGCAAAAACAGGAAGUGGAUGUUAAACCAGGGAACGGCGGCCACGGCCGUGGCCGUGGCGGCGGCGGCGGCCGCGGUGGCCGAGGUACCGGUCGGACCACCUCCGCUGCCGCACCUUCUCUUUCAGCCACGGGAGGUGGCGGCGGCGGGCCCAGCAGCAGCAGUAGCGGUAGGGGUGCUGCCGCUGCCGGCGGUGGAGGUGCCGGAACCACCACUGCCACCACUGCCACGGGGGCACCACCACCCCCGGCGGGUGCUGCUGCUGCAGGCCAGGAGGGGGCGCCCAGUACGGCAGAGGGACCCAGUACGGCAGAGGGCCGGGUGCUGUACCGCGUUGAGUUCUACAAGUUGCUGUACGAGGAGCUCUGCAAGAUCCACGACCCGGAGGUGAAGGAGGUCCUGGGAGCGCAGCCCACGGCGAAGCAGAUCAAGAACGAGCUGUCGUGGAUCGACUGGUUCAAGCGCUCCGGAACCGAGCGCAUCAGGGACUUCCCUGCCAAGGCGCUGCUGUACAAUACCUACACGCAGCUGCUGCGGUCCGCCAACGCGGUGGACUUCAACGACAUGCUGCUGCUGGUGGAGCAGCUGCUGGGGGCGAAGAACCAUGGCAGAUUCUGGCUGCUAGAGCGGCUGCAGAAGAGGCACGAAUACCUGCUAGUGGACGAAUACCAGGACUGCUCCCUGCUGCAGGUGCGCCUGGUGCAGUCGCUGGUGGGUGGCAGCGGGCGGCUCACGGCGGUGGGCGACGACGCGCAGAGCAUCUACGGCUUCCGAGGGGCCCUACCCAACGUGUUUGGGAUCGUUCGCGAGUGCAACGCUCGCGGGCUGCGCGAGUGCCGGCUGGAGCUCAACUACCGCAGCACGCCCAAGAUCCUGCAGAUAGGGGGGCACGUGCUCAAGGACAACAAGGGCGCCGAUGCGGCCGGUGUCACCCCCAAGACGCUGCGCCCCACCAAGCCCGACACGGCCGACCGGGUGGUGUUGAUCCAGGG